AUGCUGCUUACAGAACAGUGUGUGGUUGACUGCACUGACAAAUUUAUGUCGCCUACUGUGGAUAUGAGAGGCUAUACUGAGUGCCGUUCAAAUUGCUACGAUAAAGCGUUGGGUCCUUUCAUAAACAGGUUCAAAUCGGGACUCGUGAGGCGAGAACUACAUUCUACUGAACCUCCAGAGGAGAUUAAAGAUUGCAUUAUGAAAUGCCAAAGGGCACAUCCGCAGCUGGGGGAAGGCAACCCUACUCCCACAUGCCAACACUACUGCAGGAUAGUAAUGCAAGACCAAUUCGAUCCUGCCGAACUACGCCCAUCUGUAUCAGAAUCAUCUUACGAAUUGAAAACCUCCGACAAAUACACCGAGACCAAGAGCCUGGGUGUAGCUGAUACCCCGAGCGAAAGUCCUCUGGCAAAGGUUGUAGAAGAUUCGAGCGUAGUCAAGUCUGAAACGAACCCUUUUAAUGCAUACAACAAGUUUCACGUAGGUGCUAUUCCAGCUACAAACAGCACACCGACAGGGCAUUCAGCACGCCCAACACCUAUUGGAGAAGUUAACGCCGAAGAACGCGAAAUGAAAUGGCCGGUGUUAGCGGGGUCGAGUGAGAUUCUAUGGAGCAACGAAGCGCGGGCACGUGACGACGAUACUUUAGGAUACUCUCGCUAUGUACAAAACACGGUCCAAUUUGGUGAAACUAAACACGUCAAUCAAUUGCCUCGAUUUCUCUCUGCAUCCGCUGGGGCGGCAGCGGCAUUAUGGUCUCCAAGGUCAAAAUGCUUUAUUUCUCGUGGAUUCGCGGGGGUUUGUGUGUGGACAGAUGCCCCGACAAUUGCAGCCACCUCGGAGGCCAAAUCGUGUGCUGCGAACACAGUGGACAGGAUUUUGACAUCUAGUAGUGUGUUGGAUCGACGGAAGAUGUCGAGGAUGGCAGGCGCUGCUUGGUCUAGGUGUAUCCACACUGGGGGAAAGCCGAAAACUCUAUCGAAGAUAAGGUCCGGCUCUUUACCGCUCCGGAGUCGCAGCGCAAGUGGGAAUGGGAGAGGGGUUCAUAGUGGGAUUGAUCGGGGGGUAGGGAAUACAAGUAGGGGCAUUGGUGUUAAUGCAAACGAUAACGGGAAUGCAAGUGAAAAUGAUGAUGGGAAAGAAAACAGCAGCGAAGGAGGCGAGUCGGCAAAAAGAGAUGUAUCGAAUAAAAACCCCGAAGAGAAUAGACUUUUAGACCGGAUUUCACACAUCCACCGGCCAACAAAGGAUGAGAUGUUGGCAGCAGCAACCGGGUUUUUUCAGAGGUUGAGGAUCAGGACGAAAUGGGCCAUGAUACGACAGAUGAGACCAUAUAAUUGGGACGAUCUCAGCGCGUUCUUCUCGUGGCUACUGCUAGGCCAGGUUUUAUGGAUCGUGCUUGGGACCACAACUUUUGUUUCAUUGACCAUAUUAUUGGUCAAUACUGUGUUCGCGCAGGAAUCUCUUGCUAGAGCUGUGGGUAACUAUCUUACGAAGGAAACUGGGGUCAAAGUCGUAUUUGAGUCAGCCAUCGUUCCCAGCUGGAAAGGUGGUUGCAUCACAUUCAAAAACGUCUUUGUAUCCCGUAGACCUGGUCGAGAAAAGCAAGGCAACAAAAACGUUCGUAAGGGAUCCUCAGUCACUGCAGCGGCUGCAGCGGCUGCAGCAGCUCAUGCAGAUGAAACAAGUGGAAAGGACCAUAGCCAUAUGGUUAUGGCAGAAGAGGAGGAUACGAAUUAUACCCAGUUUGAUGUUACUAUUGAUGCCGUCAAUGUCACCCUUUCCUUCACAAAAUGGAUGAAUGGCAAGGGUCUUCUCAAGGAUGUCGAGAUUAAAGGAGUUCGUGGGGUAAUCGACCGAACUCAUGUCAGCUGGGAUGAGGGUGUUGACCCCAGAUCUUUCAAACACGAACAUGUUCCAGGCGAUUUUGAGAUCGAUUCUUUCAAGCUCGAAGAUCUUUUGGUAACAGUACAGCAGCCAGAUGGGUUCCGCCCAUUCUCUUUCAGUAUAUUUUCUUGCGAUCUUCCGCAACUGAGGAAGCAAUGGCUAUUCUACGACUUUUUGAGCGCAAACAUGAUGUCUGGCUCUUUCGAUGACUCAUUAUUCACAAUACAUCCCAGGCAGAGCCAUGGUGUAAGUUCGAUGAUGCUGAGGGACAAUGGCUCCCGUACUCCCAGUCUGUGGAAAAAGACCAGCCGUCUCCGGAUUGAUGGCUUAGAAAUCGACCACCUAAAUCACGGUGCUGGAGGGAUGUUUUCAUGGAUACAGAGUGGAAAUGUUGAUAUCGUUGCAGACAUCAUGUUCCCUGCAGAGAAUGAUCUUCAGUUUACCCAGUUAGUCCAGGACAUCGUCGAGCGAAUGGAAGCUACAGUAUCCCCGAACUCAUCCAGAAAAUUCUUUGACAACGACAAUGGAAAGGCAGAAGAUAGGAAAGCCGAAAAGUACGUUAUAAUGGACCUCCGAAUACAGCUAAACGACGUCCGCGCCUCUGUGCCUUUAUUCACAAAAGACCUAAGCUAUGUCAACAACGCACUAAUAAGACCAAUCGUGGCAUACAUCAAUCGCCGAAAAACAUAUAUCCCCAUCAAUUGCCGUGUUGUUAAGAAGCUGGACGAGUUCGACGGUAGUUGGACAAUAUACGACAGUGGUUUGAUGGACGACUUGUCUGCUGAGACAUAUGAAGGGUUUGCUCGCAGUGUGGUUGAUGAUCAAGCUAGACGAAGGCGAUUCAAGAAAGUUGGAUUGUGGUCGCUGCACGUCAUUGCUCAUACAUUGUUGCUGGCCAUGGCCGGGACUGUCGCAUAA